AUGUGCUUCGACCAAGACGCCGCCAACGAGGCCAUCGCUGCCAACAUCGGCAUCCGGCACAGCGACAUGGCCCGCCGUGUGUGCGCGGCCGUCGAGCACUUCAUCACGUCGGCGCUGUAUGCGAGCAGCAACAGGGAGGUGGUGGGUGGGACGGCCAAUGUGGGCGGCGUGACGGUGCGGGUGCCGCUGCAGUGCUUCGCCAUCAUGGCCGACAGCCGCCCACACCAGGUGGUCCACACACGGGGCCGUGUGGGUGUGCGUGAGGUGGUGCAGAGGGCCCGGCUGGACGAGGCGGCCCGACACGGCAUAGAGGAGGGGGCCAUCAACAAGGGCUUCAACGACCAUUUGGGUAAUGCCGACUGUCAGUUUGGUGGGUGGCAGCAGCUGGGCCGCAUCGACGAGGGGGGGCAGUGGGUGACACUCGGCAUCAACUGAGACAGAGGGAGGGAGGGUUGGGCCGCUGAGUGUUGCCGUGUGCUGUUGGCAGCAGCCGAGGGGCCCGGGAGGGAGGCUCGGAGGGAGGGGUGCAUCAUCCCAUGUGUGUGUGGCCUGCUUAAUGUUGCCCGUGAGAACGCCCGUGAGAGGGAGAGGGGUGGACUGACCGAUGAUGUGUCACUGUGUGUGUCGACAAUUGUGCCAUGCAUGUUGGGCUGACUGAUGUAUGGAUCUGAUGGAGAGUCACGUGCAUUAAAUGACUGAUCCAUACAGACAGACACAUAGAGUAAAGCUGAGACACG